AUGGCCCCCGCUGCUGUCCCAGCUUCCGAUCCUCCUUCCCAAGCAGAUACUCCGAUGACAGACGCGAACGAGGAGCCCACUUCAGUGCCCGUGGACCCCCUGGACGCGAAGAUGACGGGCUACCAGGAUACACCAGACUACACGGACUCGGAUACGAACCCAAACACCACUGCAAGCAGCGUUGCAGGCGACCCGGUUUUGCCAGACGGCCGAAGGCGGAGGUCGGAGGCCUAUCAGAUGAGGAAGAAUAUGUUCGGCAAGAAACAUGGCUCUUUGAAUGAAAAUAAGGACGAUGACUCCAUUCGGCGAUUCCGUUAUCUGCUCGGACUUACAGAUCUUUUCCGCCAUUUCAUCGAAACGAACCCUAACCCUCGGAUUAAAGAGAUUAUGGCAGAAAUCGACAAACAGAACGCCGAAGAAGCGACAAAAUCCAAGCGGAAAGCUACUUCGCGGACAGGAGGUGCGAGCAGCGACCGAAGACGGCGGACGGAGCAGGAGGAGGAUGCUGAGCUCUUAAACGACGAGAAGCGCGGCGGCGAGACUAACACAAUCUUCCGAGAGUCGCCGCCAUACAUCCAGGGUGAGAUGCGUGACUACCAGGUUGCUGGACUGAACUGGCUCGUUUCUUUACAUGAGAACGGUAUUUCGGGUAUCCUGGCAGAUGAAAUGGGUCUAGGAAAGACCCUUCAGACAAUCUCGUUUAUCGGGUAUCUUCGACAUAUUUGCGAUAUCACCGGUCCUCAUCUUGUCGCCGUGCCCAAAUCCACGCUAGACAACUGGAAGCGAGAGUUUCACAAGUGGACUCCCGAAGUCAAUGUCCUUGUGCUACAGGGAGAUAAGGAGGAGCGCAACAAGUUAAUCAACGAGAGGCUUUUAGAUGAGGAUUUCGAUGUCUGCAUCACUAGCUACGAAAUGAUCCUCCGGGAGAAGUCGCAUCUCAAGAAGUUUGCUUGGGAGUACAUUAUUAUUGAUGAAGCUCAUCGGAUUAAGAACGAGGAGUCGUCGCUUGCUCAGAUUAUCCGUGUUUUCAAUUCUCGAAAUCGCCUUCUCAUCACCGGUACCCCGCUUCAGAACAACCUCCACGAACUGUGGGCUCUUCUCAAUUUCCUCUUGCCAGACGUCUUUGGUGACUCGGAAGCCUUUGAUCAGUGGUUCUCAAACCAGGAGGCGGACCAGGAUACUGUCGUGCAACAGCUUCACCGAGUCUUAAGACCUUUCCUUCUCCGCCGUGUGAAGAGCGAUGUCGAAAAAAGCCUCCUUCCCAAGAAGGAAGUGAACCUAUACGUGCCGAUGUCAGCCAUGCAGGUCAAGUGGUACCAAAAGAUUCUUGAGAAAGAUAUCGAUGCGGUGAAUGGUGCUGCUGGUAAGAAGGAAUCCAAGACUCGUCUGCUGAAUAUUGUCAUGCAACUGCGCAAAUGCUGUAACCACCCCUACCUUUUUGAAGGGGCGGAGCCCGGUCCUCCCUACACCAACGACGUGCAUAUCAUUGAUAACGCGGGUAAGAUGGUGAUUCUUGACAAACUUCUCGCUCGUAUGCAGGCCCAGGGAAGCAGAGUCCUCAUUUUCUCGCAAAUGAGCCGUGUUCUAGAUAUAUUGGAAGAUUACUGCAUGUUCCGACAGUACCAAUACUGCCGAAUUGAUGGUACUACAGCUCACGAGGAUCGAAUCGCCGCCAUUGAUGAAUAUAACAAGCCAGAUUCGGAAAAGUUUAUUUUCCUUUUGACCACAAGAGCGGGAGGUUUGGGUAUCAACUUGACGACUGCGGAUAUUGUUGUGCUGUACGACAGCGACUGGAACCCGCAGGCCGAUUUGCAAGCCAUGGACCGUGCCCACCGUAUCGGUCAGACAAAACAAGUCGUCGUGUAUCGGUUUAUCACUGAGUCUGCAAUUGAAGAGAGAGUUCUGGAACGUGCUGCGCAGAAGUUGCGAUUGGACCAGCUUGUUAUUCAACAAGGCCGGGCCCAGCAACAAGCCAAGAAUGCUGCUUCAAAGGAUGAGUUGCUCGGUAUGAUACAACAUGGAGCUGCCGAGAUCUUCAAUAAGCAGGGCGGAACGAGCACCCUGCAAGAGGGUAAGGCAUUGACGGACGACGAUAUUGACGCAAUUCUGCGUAAGGGCGAAGAAAGAACGGCGGAGCUCAGCAAGAAGUACGAGAAACUGGGUAUUGACGAUUUACAAAAGUUCAACUCCGAAAGUGCCUACGAGUGGAAUGGUAAAGACUUUGCGGACAAAAAGAAGGACAUUGGAAUAAACUGGAUCAAUCCCGCGAAACGUGAGAGAAAAGAGCAGGUUUACUCCAUCGACAAGUACUACCGCCAGGCCCUGGCUACCGGUGGACGAACCGCCGAUCCUAAACCCAAGGUUCCCCGAGCACCGAAGCAGAUCGCCAUUCAUGACUGGCAAUUCUUCCCCCAGGGUCUUCAGGAGCUUCAAGAUAAGGAAACUGCUUACUUCCACAAAGAAAUUGGCUACAAGACGCCUCUUGCAGAUGGGCCUGAGGAGGAACUCCAGGAUCGUGAAGCGGAGCGUGAUCUCGAGCAGCAAUUGAUUGAUACGGCCGCGCCCUUGACUGAAGAUGAACAGGCGGAAAAGGCAAGGUUAUCAGAGAUGGGCUUUCCCGAGUGGAACCGUCGUGAUUUCCAACAGUUUAUCAACGGAUCAGCCAAAUUCGGCCGUACUGACUACGUCGGCAUCGCCACGGAAGUGGACAGCAAGGACCCAGAACAGGUCGAGGAGUACGCUCAUGUAUUCUGGAAACGCUUUACGGAGAUCCAGGACUACCCGAAGUAUAUUCGCGUCAUUGAGCAAGGAGAGGAAAAGCUCCGCAAAAUGGGCCAUCAGCGCAAGAUGCUCCGUAAAAAGAUGGAGAUGUACCGCGUGCCCCUCCAGCAACUGAAGAUCAACUACACCGUCUCCACCACAAACAAGAAGGUCUACACCGAGGAGGAGGACCGCUUCCUUCUUGUCAUGCUUGACAAGUACGGCGUCGACGGCGAAGGCCUGUACGAGAAGAUUCGCGACGAGGUCCGCGAAUCCCCACUCUUCCGCUUUGACUGGUUCUUCCUCAGCCGAACACCUGUGGAAAUUGGCCGUCGCUGCACGACACUCCUGAACACAAUUGCCAAGGAGUUCGAACCGGAGGGUAAGAACGGUGAUGGCAAGGGACGUGGCCGUGACCGUGACGAAGAUGAACUUGACGACGAAGAUGAGGCCCCGGCUAAGAAGAAGACCAAGGCCGCUGUGAACAAGCAAGUCAAAGCCGUCAGGGGCAAAGGAAACUCCGCCUCUACAUCCCGUGCCUCCUCGGCAAAUCCUUCCAAAUCGCGCGGUCGAAAGAAGUGA